AUGAAUUUUUUAUUUCCCAAAAUAUAACCUAGACCCAUCAAUCUAUUAGAGACUUAAUGUUAAAGUGCCCUAAAAGAAAUUAGUUCAUCAAAACAACGUCUUUAAAAAUAUACAUCUAAAAAAAACUCAAAUAAAAAUAGCAUUUCAUAAAAUUCAUACAUUCAUUAAAUAAGAAAAAUUUCUCAGGUUAUUAAUGAUCAUAGUCCAGAUAUUAAAUAAUUUCCAGAUUUAAAUAAUAAAAAUAUGUCUGUUUGUAUAAAUCCAAAAACAGAGAAAUAUAAAAUUCAUCUUGAUUUAAUUGAAAAUUAGAAUCCUAUAUAAAUACCUCAUUUAAGCAUAAAAAUACCAUAAAAAUAUUCACCAAUUUAAGCUAGUAAAAUUUUACCUUUUACUAAAAGAUUUAAAACAGAUGUAAGUGAUGCAUAAUAAUAAAUUUAUAAAAUUUCUAAUCAUUUUACUAUUCAAACUGUAAAAGAUAGACAAUAAAAAUUAGUAAAAAAUAUAUAAUCGUUAAUUGUAUAUGUUAAUUCAUCUAGAGAUGAGAAACUCUGUAAAUUAUUCGAUAAAUUAAAACAUGAUUUAAAUUUAGAUGAUAUACAACUUGAAAAUGAAUGA